AUGGCCCAGUCAAUCACCGAAGACUCCGUAAGGGCGGCCCUCACCGACCGCCUCAAGGCCUCUCAUGUCGAGGUUCGGGACAUGUCCGGUGGCUGCGGGCAAGCCUUCACAUCGUUGAUUGUCUCGCCCGAGUUUGUGGGCAAGAACUCGCUAAAGAGGCAUCGGCUGGUCAAUGCCGCCCUCAAAGACGAAAUCGCGCAGAUACACGCCUGGAGCGCGAAGUGUCAGACACCGGAGGAAUAUGAAAAGGAAAAGGCAGCGACAGGAGGGAAUGAGGGGCCGCCGUUGGAUGGGACGGCAGGAGGUGAGGUGACGGGCGUCAGUCAGUAG